AAGAAGAUUGCUAUCAUGUCACCCCUAGUCCUUCUUUUCACAUAAGCCUUUGGUUGGUUCUUUGUGGGUCCUUUGAGUGGGGAAGAUAGGAUUUGGGACACACAGGAACAUUUUGGGCAGAGCCAAGUAGCUGGCAGUCCCUGGGAACUCAAAAUACAGGCUUUUCAUUCUUGUAUAUAUAACAGUGAAUGGCUGUCUUGUUGUUCACAUCUCUUUCCCCCCACCCAAUUACAAUAAUACUUUAUUUAUAGGAGACCCUUGUCUUUCUCCACCUAUGCCUUCCCCGAACGGACGAAGGAGCUGAGGCCUGGGGCAAACUUUUUAAUACCUUUCUGUUUGCUUCUGCUUAUAGCCCAAGCUGACUCCGCAGGAGAAACUCAAGCUCCGAAUGCAGAGGGCGCUUAACCGGCAAUUUAAAGCAGACAAGAAAGCAGCCCAGGAGAAGAUGAUGCAACAGGAACACGAAAGACAGGAACGAGAGGAUGAGUUGCGUGCCAUGGCUCGGAAGAUCCGGAUGAAGGAGCGGGAACGGCGGGAGAAGGAGCGGGAAGAGUGGGAGCGACAGUACAGCCGCCACAGCCGCUCGCCUUCUCCGCGCUACAGUCGAGAACACAGCAGCUCCAGAAGGCACUCGCGGUCACGAUCCCGGAGCCCUCACUACCGCCACUAGGACGAAUUCCUGGCGCAAGGCCAAUGCUGCUGACUUCUCGCCCUGCUGGCUCUCCCCCCCUUCCCC